AUGGAGGCCUUGGCCAAUAACGCACCUCCUCCUACCAUGACCUCCAACGGCAACCACACAUCCGUCGUCAAGUCGGAUGACCUCGUCGUGUGCAAGUAUAGUGAUUCACAGUCGCUGUACCAACUACCAGAGAUCUUUGAAGACAGUCAAUUUCGUCAUACGCAUAAUUUUUGGAAUCAAGUCAACCGUUUCGUGGCGUACUUCUAUGCCAAGCACAUCCGCGCUCCUAGCAACGCAGCGUGGUGCCGUGACCCGCCGAGACUACUGCACGGUGCAACACGAGUGGUCCUUUUCGACAACGACGGCUGGUUAUUGACGCGCCUCCCAUCGCACCCGACAACCCGCGGAAACCUGGUUCUUGCUGCUACUAGUAUCAGUAAGAUUUAUACAGAGUGGAGAAGGCAGGAUGAUGCACUUUCAGCCUAUCAUGGAGGUGCGGCUGCUCAUGGGAAGAAUCCUUGCAGACGAGUUCGUCUCGCACCAGGCGACCAUCUCGUUUCCGUUUUUGAGAACAAAGAAGAAGACCUGUUUGUGGUAAUGGAGAUUGAUAGUGAUGGUGAGAUCGUGUUCUACCACAAGUGCCUGCACUGCCAGGACUUUACCUGCAAAAACUGCAUUGAGGUCUUGGACAACGUGGUGGCUUUCGGUCAGAGACACACAAAGGUGGAUAGGCUUGUGCCGAUGGAAUAA